GAACGAGAAAUUAUUAUGCACGCCAAAACAUCAUGUUUACACAGUUCGGGAAACUAUUGGGGCCGGUAAACGGACAUCAUCUAGUCUCUUUGAUGUUACAAUGGGCAGCUUCGACGGUGCAGAAUCGUGUGAACUAGUGGAUUCAUAUUUACUACAUCUUAUCACAACAAAGCAUGGAAACAACUUCGGAUUAUAUAGAGAUGACGGGUUAGGAGCCAUUAAAGCGACAGCGUGUGAGAUAGAGAAUAUCAAAAAAGAUUUGUGUUCCAUUUUCAACAAAUACGGACUUAAAAUCACAAUUGAAGCUAACAAGAAAAUAGUCAAUUUUCUUGACGUUACCCUUAAUUUGUCAACCGGGAAAUAUCAACCAUACGCCAAACCUAAUAAUAUACCCCUUUACGUGCACAAGAAAUCUAAUCACCCACCGAAUAUCCUGCGCAAUAUCCCACUGUCUAUCAACAAACGCCUAACUGAAAUAUCAUCCGAUGAGAAAUCAUUUCAACAAGCCUCGCAACAAUACCAGCAAGCACUUCAGAAUAGUGGUUAUAAACACCAGUUAAAGUACAAGCACCUACUUAAUCAUACAACCCCUCGAACCCGAAAUCGAAGACGUAAUAUCAUUUGGUACAAUCCACCAUUUAGUAAAAAUGUAUCAACAAAUAUUGGACAAACAUUUUUGAAUAUCAUCGAUGAUGAAUUCCCAAUAGGCCACCCCUUACACAAAAUAUUCAACCGCAACACUGUUAAAAUAAGCUACAGUUGCAUGCCUAAUAUCAAACAAACCAUCGACGGACACAACAAGACCAAACUGUCAAAAACCGCCACAACGAGUGAAGAAAGCACAUGUAACUGUAGAAAGAAAGAGGAGUGCCCAAUGUCCAAAAAGUGUUUGGUGGAAUCUAUUGUAUAUCAAGCUACAGUUUCUACCAACGACAAUAGUCCACCUCAAACAUACGUUGGUCUGACUGAAAACGCUUUUAAAACUAGAUAUUAUAACCACAAAACCUCAUUUACUUUGUACGAGAAAAGGAACUCCACUGAACUUAGCAAAUAUGUCUGGCAGUUAAAGUGCAAAGGAAUUGAAUUUCAUAUUAAAUGGCAAACCUUGAAACGGGCCAAACCCUACAGCCCUGCUUCUAAUAGAUGUAAUCUCUGCCUGUGGGAAAAAUACUUUAUUAUAUGUAAACCUGAACUAGCUACUUUGAACAAACGUAAUGAAUUAGUGUCUUCGUGCAGACAUGCGAAAAAAUUUCUUUUAGCUAACAUUUAAAGGGCAUGCACUCGAGACAGACAUAUUUUUGUUUUAAAUAUACCGCGCAAUCUUAAUAGCUUGGCGUUAUGCUGAUGUGUUGUUAAUACUUCCGCGUCCUGUCAAUUUUAUCAAGUAACAAAAUAAUUGCUUUGCGUGCUUUGUAAAUAGGAUUAAUUUAAAGCUUUCAUCCACUUGUACAUAAAUACUGUAGGUUUUUUGCUGUAGUCAUAAGGCUAAUUUAUCUGAUGAGUGCCACAUCUUGUGGUACGAAACUAAUAGUAAUAAAGAUGCCUAGUGGAAUUUGUUGAGUCGUUGCACUUAUUUUAUAUAUAUAUAUAUAUAUAUAUAUAUAUAUAUAUGGAAAUCACUGACUUGAAGUAACUUGAACGCAAGUGAUUAGUGUUUGUGACUUUUUCGUUAUUAAUUAAAGGGUUUAGUUUUAUUGUGUUUCGUUGCUAUAAUAAACGAUGCGUUACAGAAUUAGCAUGUUCAUGUAUGGCUUCGUAAUGACCUCGAUAUAUUGAUAUUUUGUAUAGAUGUGUUAACAGGGGCGUAAAUGUGGGGGUGGGGGUGGGGGGGGGGGGUUGGUUCACCCCCCCCCCCAGAGAAAUGAUCCAGUCGGUCUCAAACUACAUGCAGUCGGUCUCAAAAUUAUGUGUUUGUUUACACGCAGUGUUUUGCGAAGCAAAUUAAAUAUUUUCGAAACUCGAGAUAGGCUCAGACUAUUGAGUAUUGAGUUGGAAAUUUGCUCAAACGGAUCAAACAGCUCAGAAAUAAUAUGAAGAAAUAUUACGUACUUAUUUCGCGAGUUUAUGAACGAAUUAUCAGUCAAAACACGCGCAAAGGGAUGAAGUUUCCAUUUACUUUCCAAGCAUGGAGAUAUCUACUUUACGAUUACGUGUUGGCACAUUUAUUUGGAAUUUAGGUUCUGCAACGUCAUUCACGGGUGAUAUUCUAUAUUAGCGAAAAUUUCAAACAACCAAAAUCAGACUUCAAAACGCGAUGAAUCUCGAUCAAAAUAGCUAACAUUAGUUACAAUAUUUUCCCGGUCCCUAAACUAUAUUUUUAAGAUGAAAGUGCAAAAACGAAUUUCUAGCCGAGUUAUAUUAGGAAGUAUGUUCACAUGUAGCACAAUAUGCAUAUGAAUUUUGUUACCAAAGAGUUUUUUGUGCCUACUGCAAUCAAGAAAUUCGAUCAGUGAACGACGCACUGGUUUAUCUGAAAUAACGGAGCGAAAAAUUGCUUCCACUGACUAAGCGAUGUUUCCAAUUGUUGCUUCCAGUCAGGCCCAUAACUAGGUAUAUGAGUCAAUCGAGUUCAAGUUCAAUGACACACUGUAGUUCUCUCCAUGUAAAGAAGCAUUAUUCUUGCCCUACAGUGACGUAAGAAAUGGGAGGCUGUGUGGGUGCACAAGUACCUCAAUAACAAAAGUGCGGGCUAGCGCCCAAAUAUUUACAACAAUUGAGCACAAACGCUUUUUUAUUAUGCACCUGAUCAAUGAUGUUCGAUCAAAAAUAUUUGUAAUUCUUAUCCUCAGGAUUGGGGGCAAACUAUACAGUAUAAAAUUAUAGUCAUUGUGUCACUGUAAUAUGAAAUUGAUUUUUCCUUUGAACUGCUCCCAGAAUGCGGGAAAUAGC